AUGUACGGUACAGGUGUUGUAGCUGCUGAUCAAACAGAUCGCUGCACCGUUUAUGUGUGCGAUAGUAUACCACGUGGUAUGUUCGCAGGUGUUUUACUCGAUCGUCGCGCGGUCACCGCGUGACCUUAGCGAUAUUCGAAGUGACGCUCAUCCGUUGCCCGUCUGCUUCGACGAUCUGUUCUUCUUGUCCGUCGAGAUCGGCUGCGACCGGACAUCCGCACGCGCCGUCCAGUUCCGGCGAAUCGUCGUCGGCUCGCACUGCUGUCGGGCGCCACACCGUCGACGAUCAAAAUGAUCCGAUGACGGUAUUGGAUAUCGAUUGGACUACGCCUAUAAUAUCGCCGAAACGACGAGUACAGUUGGAGUCAUAGUAUGUGGAAAUCGUGUCGAUGGUUGGUUGUUCUCCGAUAUGAUGUAACGCGUUAUGAACUCGAAACUUGAAGAUGUAAGAGGUUGAAAAAUGUACAAAACAGUGUCCAAGUCAUGUAGAGAAUAUAAUAUUUUAAAUAAGUAAAAUAUGGGUCUGGAAAAUCAAGUGGCUUUGGUGACUGGUGCAGCAACAGAAAUUGGAUGUGCUUACGUAAAGUAUUUACUUCAGAACAAAGUUAAGGUGUUACUCUGUGAUGUUAAUGUCAACAAAUGUCAAGUUAUUUUACGUAAGUUUCUAAAAGAGUUUCCAAAUUCCAGUUUAUUCUCGACGAAAUGUGAUGUUACUAAUGAAGAUGAAUUUGAAAAUGCUUUUAAAACGUGUAUCAAAUAUUUUGGUCGGUUGGACAUUGUUAUUAAUAGCGCUGGCGUUUUCAACAAUUCAACUGAACGACAAUGGUCUGAUACAGUCAAUAUUAAUUAUGGCGGAGUCGUCAGAGGUACAUUACUGGCGAUCAAGUACAUGGGAAUUCCCAACGGAGGUAGUGGCGGAACGGUAAUACAGACGUCUUCCUUGAUGGUUUUUAGUGACAGUUAUCCUUGUAGUCCUAUGUACUUGUCUACGAAAAAAUAUAUGAUGGAAUUUACGAAAAGUUUUGGAAAAAAACAUCAUUUCAGUCUUCAUGGUGUAAAAAUUAUUACACUGUGCCCGGAAUUUACUGCUGUUAAUUGGGCAAGGCCGAUCUGUAAAAAUGAAUCGAUGCACCAAAACGGAGAACGUGUCGAUGAGGAACUCGAAGAUUCAAAAACUAAUCAACAAAAUAUAGAAAAGCAAAAGUUAGAUAACAUCGGAAGCGCUUUGAUUACAAUUCUGGAUUAUGGGAAAACUGGAGAAACUUGGAUUGUCGAAGAUAACAAACCACCACGACUAAUUGAAUAUUAAUAAUGGAAUUGUAUUUGUUUUCUCAAUAAUGAUAUAAAAAAAAACCAUUGUAAGAUCUUUAAUUUAAGUCGAUAUUUCUUAUUUUUAUUUUAUUAUUGAGGUAAAGGAAAUUCGUGUUAAAUCUGCAAUGUAAAAUGUAAAUUAUAUAAUUGUAUAUUUGUUUCAUAUAUUUUAUAACUUCUAAUUUCUCAUGCAAUGUGCGAAAUAAGUAAAACAAUAAACAUUUUGUUAAAUUCUUUA